AUGGCAGCCGCUGCUCUGAGCAGUGCUUCUAUUGUCUCUGCUGCUCCUGCUGCUUUACCAUCUGCUGGUGAUCUGCUUGGGGGUGUUCUUGGUGGCAGCAACUCAGGCCAGGCGACAUACUAUACUACCAAUGGAGUCCAGGAUGGAACUUGCUCUUUCUCGGGCUACACUCUUCCAUCCAGCAUCUUCGGCACUGCUCUAUCCAAUUCGAAUUGGAACAAUGGAGCAAACUGCGGUGCCUGUGCACAAGUCAGUGUACCCGGCGGGAAGUCCAUCAAGGCUAUGAUUGUCGAUCAGUGCCCUGGCUGUGGCGAAAACCACCUGGACCUCUUCCCCGACGCCUUCUCCGAACUGGCAGCACUCUCUGUUGGCGUUCUGGACGUGCAAUGGAACAUCGUUCCUUGCGGCAUCGACAGCCCCCUCAGCCUCAAGGCAAAGGACGGCUCCUCUCAGUACUGGUUCAGCAUGCAGGUCGUCAAUUCGAACCUACCAAUCAAGGCGCUCGAGGUCAGUACUGACGGCGGAAAGACGUGGCAGGAGACCACUCGUACGUACUACAACUUCUUCGAGAAGGACGGUGGCUUUGGCAGUGAAACAGUCGAUGUCCGUGUCACCAGUCUCACUGGUGACAAGUUGGUCGUCCAGAAUGUCAACUCUGGUUCAAACGCUGCGACGACAGCUACUUCGAACUUCUAG